GUACAGCCACACCGGAGCGGUUCACACGGACCAGACGCGCCGACAGUCGGUAACGGUAAAGCAUCUCCGGGCGGCCGGAGGUCCGGAAGCACGCGGCGGUCGGUUGCGUGCGGUGCCGGUGGUUCGUUGUGGACGCUCUCUCCCCCCGCGGUGUGUUUUUUGGACGAUCUUCCUCUGCCAGGUCCGCACAUUGAGAUGAUCUAUUUUUGUGAUGGCGAAGGCUCUGUUUCCACGGGCCUGGGUGAAAAAGUCCUUUUACUUUCAGGCUCGCAUCUCCUUUGUGCGGGUGAAGUACUUGUUCCUGACGUGGCUGACGGUGCUGGUGGGGAGCUGGGUGCUCUAUGUGCAGUACUCCACCUACACAGAACUGUGCCGAGGACACGAGUGCAGGAACGCCAUUUGUGAUAAAUACAGGAAGGGCAUCAUCGAUGGAUCGGCCUGCAGCAGCCUGUGCGACAAGGAAACUCUCUACAUGGGACGGUGUUUGUCUACGCUGCCAAAUAACCAGGUGUACACAGGAAGCUGGGGCGACCACGACGGGAUCAUCCGCUGUAAGCUGGGGGAGGUGGCGCACUACGAGCUGGGCGAGGAACCGGAGCCGCGGAGAGAAGCUCCCGUGUUCGAUAAGCCGACCAGAGGCACCUCGGUCGAGAAGUUCAGAGAGAUGGUCUUCAAUCACCUGAAGUCCAAACUUGGAGAGCAGGCCAACCUCGCCAGCCUCGUCAGCCAGAUCCUCUCCGUCGCCGAUGGCAACAGAGACGGGCGGGUGUCGCUGCCAGAAGCCCGCUCCACAUGGGCGCUCCUUCAGAUGGACGAGGUGCUGCUGGGCCUGCUGCUCCAGGACCGUGGACACACCCCUCGCCUGCUGGGUUACUGCGGCGACCUGUACAUGACGGAGCGGAUCCCCUACGGGCCGCUGUACGGUCUGUCUCUGCCCUGGCCGCUGGCGUCCUGGGUGCCGAGCGGCGUGCAGCGCACCGUGGACCAGUGGUUCACGCCGUCCUGGCCUCGCAAAGCCAAGAUCUCCAUGGGCCUGCUGGAGCUGGUGGAGGACGUCUUCCACGGGACGUACGGCAGCUUCCUGAUCUGCGACGUGGCGGCGGCGCGCUUCGGCUACACGGACCGGCACGAGCUCCGUCUGACCGACACCCGGGCGGUGGUCCCCGAGGACGAGUUCCGGCGCGCCAUGCGGGCGCUGCGGUGCGAGACGGACGCCGACUGCGUCUACGGGACGGACUGCCGCACAUCGUGCGACCCGUCGGAGAGGCGCUGCCGGGAGGAGCCGGUCCAGCCCAACCUGGCCAAGGCGUGCGGCGCGCUGAAGGACUACCUGCUGCGCGGGGCGCCGGCGGCCAUGAGGGAGGAGCUGGAGCGGCAGCUCUACGCCUGCAUGGCUCUCAAGGGCAACGCCGGGCAGAUGAACAUGGAGCACUCGCUCAUCCUCAACAACCUGAAGGCGCUGCUGUGGAGACAGAUCUCACACACCAAGGACUCGUGACAAGAAGACGGCGUCCUUCUGGAAUCGAGGUUCUUCAGAAAGGAGCGACUCAACAUAGGAAAAGAUGCUGUGAUUUAAGAGUAGCACAUUUAUUAAAGACAUUUCUAUCAACUUCUGACUCUUCUGAGCAGCCAGGCUGGUGGACCUACCUCCUCAGAGCCAGUUGAAGAGCUCGGCACCUGGAAAACCGAUCUGAGUGCUUUCAUGAGACUGAAUCGUUGCAUGUUUCCGUGCAUCACACUUUAAAACCAUAAUAGAGACAUUACACCGUAUAGCGUCGUUCACCUUGAUGGAAUGUUAUGAGGACACUCCCAGAAAAACCGAGCUCACUCGUUGGGAUCCCAGACGGUAAAUUGAAGCUUCGGGAAACGUGCAUGUCGGCCUUAAUGGAUUCAGAGAAACAGGCGUGCUCCCUCAUUGAGUCGAAGUGAAGAAUCCUGCCGUAAUCAGGGAGGAACGUUUCUACAAUCAGAUUGACAGCAUGUCAGCACCUUGAUCUAUCGGACAAGUGAAGGACCAAAACCACUCGAGUAUUAGUUAAACAACUCUCUGACAGUUUAUGUCUCCGGCAGCAGAAUGAGGGUCUGCGCGUUUUCUUAAAAGUCUUUCCACGCUAGUUUCCAGAAAAGAUUACCCAAACGAGUGCAAACAGUGCAGCUCUCACUUGUGACAGAAGUCAAUAUUUAAGCUAAACACAAACUUCCAGUCCCGUGCUCUUUGUGAUGAAGGAAAAGGUCAACCGGCGCAGCACUGAAAUAAUAGAAAUCAGCAAUGGUUUUCAAGAGUUUCGCGAUAAAAGCUGACGAGAACUGACUGGUCAGAUUUCUGGCCGCAUCCGUGCAAAAAGAAAGGCGAACGGUUUCUGCAGACAUAGACAGAAUGAAAUGAAAUAUAUGAGCAAAGAAUAAUGGAAAAUGUGGCUGUUUCUGUGACCCGAGUGAAGCGAGGUCCUCCUGCCAGAGGGCAGCAAACACCAGCCAUCCUGCGCCUGUGAGAGUGUGAGAGUGUGUGUUCUGCUCAGGCAGCAGGUCCCUCAAGGAGGAGAUCGGUAUCUGGAGAAAGGAACUUUAGAAUCUUCUCCAUAUAUGUUCUAUUAAUAUUUUAAGAGACCCCAGAUUGAAAAUUAUGACUUGUCUUUUCCUGAUAUUACAGAUUUCCAGACAUUGCUGAGAAGUUUUCACACAAUUUUAGCUUUACUAUCAGAUCACUUUUAUUUAUGAAAGACCCGUGGCUAAAUGUUUUCGAAGUCAUUUCUCCACAUUGAGCUUGUGACUGAUUUAAAGGACCGGUAUGAGUGAAGGAGUUAUUUCUGACGUCUUGAGGACCACUGAAGCUGCGUGUGGUGACAUGAAGGCGUUUAUUCACGCAGUUUGAGAGUAUUUCACUACGCUGCUCAUCUCCACUGACAUCCACGAUGCUGCAUCGACCAAGAAAAAGAAUUAGUGAAUGUUUCGCUGUUUGUAUUUCUCACUGAAAAGGCGUUUGUUGUAUUGUACUGUAAUGCUGUUUUUUUGAAUCACAGUGCCAUUGAGACCAUGCUGAAAUCACGUGACGAAUGUUCGCCAUGAACAGUGGUUUUGACUGAACUUCGAGCUGGCAGUCGAUGCUGUACUGGGAGACUUUGAAUUCACGGACCAGUUCGAGGAUUUCAGCGGACGUGGCCUGAGAAGCACGUGGUCCACGUCGCCGUUUGACUUUUGAGUGUAUGGAAUGUUUACUAAUUUGAAGAAACCAGCAUGAUUUUUGCACAAUUAAACUGUGUACCACUUCACUGUAA